AUUCACAUCCCCUCACAGACUUGCUCUCCGCCUCAGUCAAGUCAGGAGUGGCCCUCUAAUAUCUUGCCAGAGAGGACUUUGGGAAGGUCUUAAUGCGUUACCAACAAGGCUUGUCUCCACUGUGACACUGCCAUUGUGUUGACACUCACGCUAGGUAACGAAGAGGAACGGAUGGCAAUGAAGGGAGGCAUCCUUUUCCUGCUCUCCUUGACUCUUGCCAUGGAGUCAGGACUGGGUCAAAAUCACAGCCACACAAUGACCAGAGAAAAGAGGGAACUACUGUAUCGAUCUAAGAGAAGAUGGGUCCUAUCGACUAUUGAAAUACAGGAGGAGAGUCCUGGACCAUAUCCAAGGGAGGCAACAACGUUGCAUAAUGACAAAAAGAUCUACGACCAUCACUUUUUCCGUAUCUCUGGAAUGGGUGUGGACAAGGAGCCUGUGGGUGUGUUCACCAUUGACAAAAAAACAGGAGUUGUCAUGGUACAUAAAGCCAUCGACAGGGAACAGUACAACUUCUUUCAUAUACAAUUUGAUGUUAUCGAUGAAAACACCGAUGUAGCAGUGGACAAGACCUUGGCCUUUGACAUUGCUAUACAGGACAUCAAUGACAAUUACCCAAGAUUUGAGCCGCCUCACAUCAAAGUCUCUGUGAGUGAAGACUUUCCAGAAGGUGGACUGCCUGUCAACCUGCAGACAUUUGACAGUGAUGAGGAAGGCAAUGACAACUCCCUGGUGACCAUGAGUGUAGUUUCUCAGGAACCAGCUUCUCCUAAGUUCUCCUUACAGCCAGUUCCAAACACCAAGAUGCAACAGCUGACCUUCGCUGGAUGUUUUGAUUAUGAUAAAAUCAAAGAGUACAAAGUGAUUAUUCAAGGGAAAGAUAAUGGAACACCGUCGCUGUCUACAACGUCAACUAUCACUCUGGACAUCACAGAUGCUAAUACUCACCUCCCCGUUUUCACCAAAACAACUUAUUCUACCUCAGUGCUAGAGAUGGAAACAAAGGAAAUCCUGAGAAUUCAGGUGACAGAUAAGGAUGAACCCAACACACCAGCCUCUCGCCCCGUUUUUACGAUCCUGAAGGGGAAUGAGGACGGAAACUACAUGAUUCUAACAGACCCUAAAACUAACGAAGGAGUUCUAAGUGUUGUUAAGGGGAAGGAUUAUGAGAGGACAGCACUGGUUCAACUCGAGGUGGCUGUGGAAAAUGAGGUACCUCUCUUCGUAUGUAGAGAUGGGGUUGUGGUAGAUCCAAAGACUCUGCCACCACCACAGACCGUAAGUGUAGAUGUCCAAGUGGUGGACGUCAAUGACCCGCCACAGUUUGACAAAACACUUGAACGCGCAUUUGAGAAAGAAGAGGUGCCCCCAGGACUGACGCUUUACAAGCCCAAGGUGACUGACGAGGAUUCUGACGAUGACAAAAUCAGGUUUGAACUGGUAGAAGAUCAUGCAGACUGGUUGUCCAUCGAUGAGAAGACUGGGGUUGUCACUUCAGUGAAAACGAUGGAUCGAGAGUCAAAAUAUGUCCAUAACAGUAUCUACACAGUGAAAGUCUUGGCCAUAGAUGAUGGGAAGCCUCCCGAAACAGGCACAAGUACUCUUCAGAUUGUUUUGGGAGAUAUCAAUGAUAAUAAGCCACACUUGGUCACCAAAGACACUGUGCUCUGCAGUCACAAGGACCGCGUGCCUGUGAAUGCCUGGGACUGGGAUAUUCCUCCAUAUUCCGGACCGUUCUCUUUUGCUUUUAGGGGGGACAACGUGGAAGAUUUGAAGACGAAAUGGAAAUUGUUCCCCACCACGGGCGAAAACAUCACCCUUGUGAGCUUGACAACCUUGGCGUAUGGCAACUACACCAUUCCUCUGCUGAUGGAGGAUCAGCAGGGUGUAGAGGGAGAGGACGAGAUUACGGUGGUUGUGUGUGACUGCGCUGGGGGGACCGAGUGCCGCGGCCCUCUGCCCACCACCAGCCAGCUGGGGGGACCGGGCAUCGGGACCCUGAUCGCUGGACUGUUGCUGCUGUUGUUGCUGCUGUUGCUGUUCCUAUUCUGCCAUUGUGAGGGGAAGAAGUUUGAGCCUUUGAACAUGCAGGACGAGGGCCACCAAACGCUCAUCAAGUACAACGAGGAGGGAGGUGGCACCGCCAGCAAGGCGGAGCCGACUCUGAUCCGCAGUCCCACUACCUAUGUCAAGACUGUGACAGUGACCGAUGGGCUCAAACAAGCAGCCAUACCGCUUCCUCAGGUUUCCACCAACACCUACCAGGUUGAAACCCAAGAGACCAGUGGUAUGAUGCGAGGUCAUCAGGCAUCAGGCAUGCAGUACUCUUCAAAUGGGAUGGGGCAGAUGGGGCAGGUCUCUCAAGCCAACAACAGCUUCAGGCGGAGCACGAUGCAACAAACAUGGAACUCCAGCACAAUGAACAGGACUGGCACAAUGAGAACUGGGUUUUCCAGAUCCAUUAGCUGCACUGACCGCUACAUUGCAGACCACAUUGACAGAAGACUCUAUGAGAUCGGCGAGGAGCAGGUGGAUUACCCAGGAUGCUCCCUGCAUGAGUAUGCCUACGAGGGGAAUGGGAGCAGGUGCCAGUCACUGGACGCGCUUUCGUUUGACGAUUUGGAGGACAGCACGGAUUUCCUCCGCAACCUGGGGCCCAGUUUUAAGGCCCUUGGUGGGAUAUGCCAAAAGCACAUGCAAGAGAAAAACAUGAAGCACUGAGAAAGAUGGACAUGGGAAUUUUCCCUCUUCACCUGAAAGGGAUGACGUGCGGAUAAUCUGGGAAUACCGAAAUGGAAAGUCAGAAAUCUCUCUGAAAUUUUUGUACUAUGCAUUUGGAUGCCUGAUUCAGACAACAAUGAAGUGGAGACUUUGAGAGACUUUGGAUUUUAUGUUCCUGGAAUGUUCAACCACCUGUUUGGUGGGGGA